GUACAGCCAAGUUGCGAUGAGGCAAGAGCAUUUAAAUGUAAAUAUUCGUUUCUCUCCUGUGAAACUCAUCUUCAUCACUACAUCUGGUCAACAUCUCUUACUUUUCAUACUGGAAAUCCGCUGCUACUGCCGCAGCUACAGGAGCCGAGCAGUCGAUUAUUUUUGCACUCACAGCCUAUCAUCAGCUCAUCUCAACCGUCAAAUGGGCUUCGCGGCUUAACUGCCUUGUCCGGUCAGGCAGCAACCAGUCGAGUGCCUCCGAUCGCACGGUUCGACGACCCUGCUGUUGCCAGUAGUUGUGACGACUCUGGCGAGGCAGUGGCUGCAUCAGAUGCCUUCCAGCACAAGAUAGAUGGAGGUCAGACUUCAGCGGCUUGCACCGCUGAUUGGGCAGAUGAGGAGCCAUUAGAUGACUAUGUGAUCGUAAACGCGGAUGGUUCAGUUUUUCAAUAA